UUUGGAAUGGCAUCGCAUUCGCCGCAUCCUUUAAGCAGGGAGAAUUUAUCAAAUACAUGAAGGUUAUUAGGGCUAUCUUGAAAUAAUAUUUACCACUAACACAGCCCCCAGCAGUCAGAAUCUCAGUAGCAGAAUACACGAGGUAUCACGGCAAGCCGGGCGUUAACGUAAUGAUUCUCAACUAUAUCUAGCUUAACGUCCCCUUCGCUCAUGCUUAAUAGUUACUAUCUUUACUUACCUAGGUACACAAUGUCGACUCCAGAUAUUAUGCCCCAAUUUGAGCCUAUAAUACUGGUUGAUAUGCGAUUAAAGUCUGUCGAUGCUAUUAUGGAAGAUCUUUCAAAGCGAGAUUCUCGGUUUCGUUUCAUUAAAGAGUCAUAUGACGAGUUUCUCUACGGAGAAUUCGGAUUGCAUCAAGUCAUAAGGCAGCUGAAAACUUCCAUUUCGAACUCGCCAGAGCCCGAUCGAUGGCCUGAGGACCUCAACCAGAGAAAAUAUCCAAGCCUAUUAUUUCAGGAAAACCCUUUUAACUAUUUAUGGGUCAUCUUCUACGACAUCGUCACUACUGCGAUUUACGAGCUUCUUAAUGUGUUUGACAUUGACAUUACUCUUCAACAGGCUCUGGAAGUAAUGGAAGAUCGAAGCAGGGCUGUUGUACUCUUGGAAGCUUUGAAUGAGAAGUCAAAGGCCCUAUCACCACAGCCAGCCAAGCCAUUUCCACUCAAUAAACCGGUUCUGAAUCCGCCCAAGGAAGAUGGUUACCGACAUCCAAACCGUCUCGAAUCGACGAACAUCAGAGUCCUAUGCAUACAACCCGGUCCUAAGGAAAGCCCUAUACAAUGCAGCCUCGAAGAGCGCAAUCUCGAUAACGAUAUAAUUGAAGAGGCUUUGUCUUAUGUCUGGGGUAAACCUUUAUUCGAUAAGGCUAUUGAUAUCGAUGGAAGUUCAUUUGACAUAACCACGAAGCUAAACGAUAUCCUCCGGAGCUUACGCCACGAAGAUGUCACCCGGAAGAUCUGGAUCGACGCAAUUUGCAUAAAUCAAUCAGAUCUCGAAGAGAAAAGCCAUCAAGUCCGACUCAUGAGAGAUAUCUACUCGAAGGCGCAGAAAACAAGCAUCUGGCUGGGCGACUGGCCCACCGAGCAAAUGAUUACCGAGUCAGACUUCGUGAGAGAUCCCCUAAAUGUUGUUGCCACCGUGCCCGAAGGCUUCGGAAAUUCGGUGGACCAGUACGAUAUUGCAAGUAUACUUGACGAAUACCUCAAGUGUCAGACAGAUAUUAGUGCUUGGGACGAAAAGCAAUUAUCACUGGGCACAAUGCUUAUGCGCUGUGUGAAUAUCAUUUUGAUGCACGAGUGGUGGGAGAGAGUAUGGACGAUACAAGAAGCUGCGUUGCCGCCGAAUGAACCAAUUAUACAUCUCCGUGGCUAUCAAUUCCCGUUUGGCACCUUGAUAUCGGCCAUGGAUGCUGCUGCUAAAAUAGACGAUGAAUGGAAAUCAAUUCCCGACACCUUUAUAACGGCAAAUAGGGAUAAUGACAUGUAUAUUGCGUUCGUCUCCCAAAUCAUUCACUGGCGAGAAAGGCAAAUAUACGAUAAUCUAUUUCUCCUUAUGCUUCGCCCAGAGAAACGGAAACAAGUGCAUCUGUCAAACCCGCAGGACAGAUUAUUUCAAUUUGUCCUUAGAGCAGCCGAUAGCUACCGCGCUACCGACCCACGUGAUAAAAUAUUUGCACUGGAGUCUCUCCUAAUCAGAAGCAUAGGGCGACUCAUGAACGUGGAUUAUAACGAAUCUACCGACGCUGUAUUCAAACGCGCCACAGCUCGAGGCUGGAAUCAGUCGGCAGGAGCCGCGAUCUGCUGUUACAAAUUAUCCGUCGAGCAGUAUAAUAGCCUCGACGAUGGCGCCUUAGGCCCUUCUUGGGUUCACGAUUUGGCUUGUUCCGAUGCAAUCACACCUCAUAGAUUCAUCCUCCGUAUUAAAGAUAGAGGUCCUCCUAUAUGCGGCGUCUCACGUGAGCAGACUAAAUGCUUCGCAACUCCAAGGUCUCUCUUUUGCUCGGGGGUUUCUAUAAGCACUGUUUAUUACAAGGAGCGGUUUCCAGACUUAAGAGAAGGCGGUGUUAAAAUUUACACCCAAUUCACAUCACGUUUUCUUGAACAAGCAGGCCGAAAGAUUUUGAGGCUCGAAAGACAAAUGCAAGAUACUACAAGAGACAUUACGGCAAGAAGAACCGGAGAUUCAGGUCCGUCAAUCAAUACAGAGACAGAAAGAUUAAGUAAGGAUUGUCAUAUAAGCUAGCUCAUGACACAUGUCAAAAGAAACCUAGUCGAGACUAAACUAACGUAUGAUGGGAAAGCAGGACCCGAACUCCCAACCUUUGAUGAGAUUGAUGCGCUUUUAACUCUAGGCAUACCUUUACAGAAAUGGGCUCUAGGACCUACACACGAGAUUUUUCGCAAUUAUCUCGACUCCCUAUUUCUUGCACUUACUGGGGCGUAUGCAUUCAUGACAAUGGAUGGGAUCAUGGGACUUGCUACAGCACGCGUAGAAGAGGGAGACAUCCUCUCCAUUAUCUGUUCAUACCCAUGCUAUGUAAUUCUUAGGGAGAUGAGGCAUGAGGAUGGUGGAUCAAGGGAUGCGGUAAAACAUCGAAUUGUUGCACGUGCGACUAUCACAGAAAACCAAGAGAAGAUGAAAGCCCGAAUAGACAGAGGCCUCCGAAGCUCCGUCUUCCAGAUCAUCUAAGCACCUAACCCAGAUAGGUAAACAGGUCACCUUACUUAUGUACCCAAUUAAUGGACAUUCACUCGCUGGCAUAUUACCUGGGACGAUUCUACGAUGCGGUGUUACG